AUUUGGACUGCGACUUCUCAGGAGGAGACUUCUGUGGCUACUAUGAAUCACGUACAGACAAUUUUGAUUGGUCUUUGGGUUCAGGUCCAAUUUCCUCCACUAACACAGGACCUGCCAGUGACCACACAACUGGGUCAGGAAACUACAUUUAUAUUGAGUCUGCAUUGCCACGAAGACCUGGUGACAAGGCUGUUCUUGUAUCUGCUGUCAUGGCUCCAACAGUUGGUGACAACUGCCUCAGGUUCUGGUAUCACAUGUACGGGCUUAGCAUAAAUACUCUAAAUGUGUACAUUGUCACUGGCCCAGGAGUGUACAACUCCAAACGCAUUUGGACACGAUCAUUAUCCCAAGGAAAUUCUUGGCAUCUGGCAGAAGCACCCGUUAGCUCUAACAUAACUUGGCAG